CCAAAGAGCGCUCUGAAACCGCGAGAGAUUCCUCCCGUUCUCCUCCUCUCUCUCGAUCUCGACUUCGAUUCGAUUCGAUUCGAUUUGGAGAAGUGAAAAAGAGGGAAUUUUUGGGAAUUUUAUCAUCUAUACAUGGGAUUAAGAUGAGAGAUUGGGAUUCAGGUCUUCAAUCUCAUGCUUUUGAUCAUCAUCUCGAGCUGCUGCUUCGCUUUGCCGUUCGAGAUCGAUGGAUGAGACGCCGGGCGCCGUCGGAACUACGGCGAGCCUCUCGUUGAGGCUUGGCCAGGCCCUCUUCUCCUCCGCUUCCUUGCUCUUCAUGUCUGUUGGUGUAGAGUUCUAUAGCUAUACUGCUUUCUGCUUUCUAGUAACAAUUAUGGGUCUGGUGAUUCCAUGGAGCGCGACACUUGCAAUCAUAGAUGUAUAUUCGAUCAUAGCUGGGUGCCCACUCCGAUUACCCGGUGUCAUGGUGAUUGUAGUUGUAGGUGAUUGGGUAUUGUCAAUACUUUCGCUCGCCGCCGCCUGUUCAACUGCGAGCGUUGUCGAUCUUCUGGUUCACUUUGACGGAUCCUACUGCCCUGCCAAGUUCUGCGGCCGAUACCAACUAUCCGCAGCAAUGGCUUUUUUAUCCUGGUUUCUAACUGCUGCUUCAUCUCUUUUCAACCUAUGGCUUGUGGCUUCCUGGUAAUCGCUAUUCGAUCUAGUUUCGGCUAUAUUCUAUUUUGUAGAAAUUUUGAUUGGCAUAGCUUUAAACUUCAUAUAUGUGUACAUGUAUAUAUGUAAGUCCAUUCUUCAAACUCCGUAUUUUCGAUCUCUGUUACUUCAUUUCGAUGGUUAUAUUA